AAGCUCAAUCCAUUUCAGACACAAAAUAUUUUCUAAAACAUUAAGCACUUCGGAUAAAAUUUUGGAUAUUGUGCACAUAGCAAACCGGUAUCCUUCCCAAUUGAACGUUGAUAUGAACCGCCAGGUUUAUUAAAUUAGGGAUGGAAAAGUCGACUCUGACUUUAGUCGAAAAUCGAUCUUUUAUUAGAAAUAAUAGACUUUUUAGGAUCGAUUCAUGCUUGUCUUGAAUCGAUUAAAAUCGACUUUUACUCGAUGACUUUGACAGUUGAUGAAUUAAGAUAAUCACUAUAAGAUUACUUUUAAAAUCACAAUACAAAGUACCAAUCGAAGCGUUUCUUUAUAAAUAGCCUCUUUCUGAUUUUCUGAUUGGUCUAUAACAAUAUAAUGUUUAUAUUGCCGCCGGUAAUUGAUGUAAUUAACUUUUUAAUAUACGGUACAUAGUAUUGAACAAUUCUUUAUCAUGGCUCCCAGUUUGAUAUGGGCCUAUUGCACAAAAGUUAACAAUGGCAGUAAAGUUAAGUGUGAUUUAUGUCAUAAACACUUUUUGUUUAAUAACAGCACAUCAAUGAUGAAGCACUUACAAUGUGCUCACAAGAUUGCUCCUCCGUCAAGUAAUGAAAGAUUGAAUGACAGUCACAAUGAUUUCGAAGUUCAGCCUAAAAAAGUUUUAGUCGCUGUCGAAUCAUCUGUUCCAUCGGUUGCUUUGGUACCUCAAACAAAAUCAUCUGUUCAAGAAAAUUCCACAGUACAAUCUCAGGUCCAAGGUCCUAUGGAUCGUUGUAUAAACAAAGCUAAUUCUUUUUCAGAAACUGAGAUGAAGACUGUUGAGCUGGGCGCUUAUCUCAUGGAAGAGAGGAAAACAAUAGAAAAUUUGAGCUUGAAAUUAAGAAAUAUAUGCAAUGACUGGGGUCUUGAUGAUAGUAAAAUAGCAGCAUUCGUUUCAGACGGGGGCGCAAACAUCAAAGGAGCUAUUAAAAGUGAGUUCGGCGAUGGGAAACACAUUUCAUGUUUUGGACAUGUAAUAAAUAAUAUUGGUCAGCGCCUUAUCGAAGUUAAUAUUACUCCACCUGCAUCUGAAUCUCGAAAUCAAGUUUCCGACUUACCCGCUGAUGAAAAUGAUGCUAUUGACAAUCUUGAAGACUUAAUUACAGAUCAUACUGAGCAAUCCUCAUUGCGUGAGCUAUUGUCAAAAGUUAAACAAAUUGUCACAUUCUUUCGACAAAGUGAAAGAGCGACUACAGAGCUGCUGAAAUUACAGAAGGACAAGCCUGAAAAUUCUCGUCUGAAAUUAAUUCAGGAAGUGCGAACGAGAUGGAACUCCUGUUUUGAAAUGGUUGACCGUUUCAUUGUGCUUGCUGAUCAUGUCAGUAAAGUGCUUUUACAAGUGAAGAUGGACAAAUCUUUGAAAGCUAAGCCACCUAACAUGAUCACAGGUGAGGAAAUCGAUGCGUUAGUAGAAGUUCGUGACAUCUUAAAACCUCUCUUGCAAAUAACUCCAGAAGUUUGUUUUGAGAAAUGUGUAACAUUGAGCAAGUGCAUUCCUUUGAUUUCAAGUCUUAGAAAAAAGAUUGAAGAGUUAACGCCAGAAACUUUAAUUGGGCGACAUUUGAAAAAGAGAAUGGUUCAAGACAUCGAAACAAAAUACGGCAAUAUUGAAUCCGUAAAACUGUACGCUUGUGCAACAUUGGUUGAUCCUCGUUAUAAAAAGUUUGGUUUUCAAAGUAUUCGGGAUUCUGCACGAGCGGUAACUAAUGUCGCUGAUCUUGUCAAGACAGAACGAAAAUUAGCAUUGGCAGCAACGGUGGCAAAUAUUAACCCUCAAGAUGAGAUAUUAGCUAUUUGAGUUCCGGAAUCUCAGAAAACGAACGAUGACAAUGAUGAUUUAUGGUCUUAUUUUGAUAACACUGUGAGUUGUAGUUCCAAUCUUGCAGAUUCUGAU